GUGUCAGCACCCGGUGCCGCCAGCCACCGACCAGCAUCCACUGUGCAGGUGUUAUUAACUGAUGGUGACACGGUCGGAACGUCAAGAACAUCUCACCAGGCCGGUGCUAGCUGAUGGGGAGGACAGCAGUCAGGCUUAUCAAAGCUACGAUGAGAAGUAUCCGCAAAAAGCUCACGGCCGCCGCCGUCAGCCUCGCCGUUUUAUUCAUCAUCAGCUCCGUGUUUCUGACGCCACGUGACCCGAUGUCCGACCAACUGCCGCUGACCUACGGUGACCUAAUGCGGGCGCCGCUGCGGAUGGCGAUGGACGAGCCGCGUCUGGUUCAGCAUGUCCGGCGGCUGCUCAACGCGCCCUCCUCGCAGCCGUACCGACUGCAGAGGGGCGACCUCAACGACACCUCUCAGGCCGGGCAGCUGGCCUAUCUGCGGCGGCUGGUGGCUGGUAAGAGAGGUGGAACGUUCUUUGAAGCAGGCGCGUACGAGGGAGAAAUUCACAGCAACACUCUCUACUUUGAACGGUUUUUGCCACACCCUCCGUAG